AUGCACCUACCGCAACAACCGAUAAAUACUCACGUGGUUAUCGAGGGGGUUAUCCGACGAAUUUAUUUCCCUUGCCCGGAUCGAGCAAACAAGGAGCACGUGAAUGAAAACCACCAAACGCCAUUCGCACAUUGUCGUUGGAUGUCGGACGCGAUAAUUUUGGCACUAUUUAUUUGUGCGGCAUCUCUAGUCACUGCCGAAAUUGUGUGGCAUUAUUUCGCAAACUGGCCGACUGUCGCCGUCGGCCGCGGCCGCGGAAUCCGCUACGGCCUGGAGCCACCAAGCCACCACUUCGCGACUUUCUCUUCACACCAAAACAUUGUGGAGGUACAACCCCACCUUAGCGGCGAUGGAGGCGUAAGGGAAGUGCGUAAACGUAAUAUAUAUAUGUAUACUUGUUACCUUAGUAAAACAAUCCUUUAA